AUGGCACCCCCUCUCCCCCCCAAAAUCAGCACACCGCGCCUGACUCUCCUCCGCCUAACACACACCACGCCGCUCACGCACCCACACGUCCGCCUGUUCCACGAAAACUGGUCUGACCCCACCGCAACCGCAUGGUCACUUCACGGCGCGACCCAUUCUCUCGCCGAAAGCCAAGCGUGGAUGACGGAGCAAUUCACGGGGUCUGAUAAUAUUUUCUAUGCUGUGUUUGCACGGACGGAACAGCAGCAGCAACAGGAGGAGGAGGAGGAGGAUGCGACAGUUGAUGCAAAGACAUAUGAUGCGGAAUUGGGACUGCACAUAGGCAGUGACGGCAAUGAAACCAACCAAGACAUAAAUCUCCGCGUCCUAGGCUACGCCCUGUUCCCCUCAUCAUGGGGAAAAGGCUACGCAACCGAAUCGAAUCGCGCACUGAUAGCUGCAUAUGGUGCUGCUGUUGCUUCUACUUCCACCACCACCACCACCAAGAAAUUCUACAUCGAAGCCGCCGUCGACGACGACAACCCAGGAAGCAUCCACGUGCUGCGUAAACUGGGGUUUCGCAGGAUUGGCUGGAAGGAUGAGGGCGGGGAUAAGGUGUGGUUGAAUGGCGCGUGGAGGGGGCCUGGGUAUUGGGUUUAUGGGUUGUUUGUUUGA